AUGACGAGCAACGCCUCUGUAACAGGGCCACACCCGGAGAACGGGACGGUGCAACCCGGCGCGGUUCCUGUUCAAGACGCCAUGCUGACCGUAACCAACGAGCACGAGUUUGCAGAUUCUUCCGGGAACGUUGCUGUUGGGGAGCAGGCGGCCAGUCUUAUGUCAGGGCAAGUGUCGGACACUGCACCGGCAUCGCCGCGACGACCCGUACGGACUUCGAAGCUGGACCCGAACGCACCCCCGGCAGGCCCCGGGUCCGAAGGUGGUGCGCUACCCUCGCGCCGCGUCUACGUUGGCAACCUCGCCUGGAGUGUUUCUUGGCAAGCUCUGAAAGAUCAUAUGCGCAAGGCUGGCGAGGUGGUUUUCGCGGAAGUGUUCACGGAACGGGACGGUCGCUCGCGCGGUUGCGGGGUGGUGGAGUACGCCACGGAGGCCGAUUCCGCGAACGCCAUUGCCACGCUGAACGACACCGAGCUUCAGGGGAGGCUGAUAUUUGUGCGCGAGGAUCGCGAACCGAACCAGCCUCUGCGGCGAAACAAGACGUCAGCGUCAGGGUUUCACGGGGCGAACGCCACUACCGGAAAUCGCCACCACGAAGCUCGGGGACGUAACCAACCGCCGUCUUUUCCAUCGGAUAAGGGUCGCAAGAUCAUCGUCUGGAACUUGCCAUAUUCUUAUACCUGGCAGGACCUAAAGGACGAAUUUCGAGCCUGUGGGAACAUUAUCCGCGCGGACAUCUUAAUAGACCAGGAAGGGCGCAGUCGCGGCGCCGGCACGAUUGUCUUCGAAUCAGAGGAGGACGCACAGCGAGCGAUCCAGAUGAUGGACCGUGCUGAACUGGCCGGAAGAAUCGUGGAUGUACGCCUCGACAAGUAUGCAUAA